AUGGCCACCCUCUUCCGGCGGUCGCGGCACAUCUGCCAAUGCCACCGAGCCUUCUCAACAUCACCCCCAAAACCCGUCAGUCUCCAAUGGGACCGAAACGACCCGGAAGCCCUCGCAGACGUCCUCCCUCCCUACCCCUACGGCCCAACCAGGUGGUUCAAACAAUCCCGCCUCGGCCUCUACGGCGGCCAACGCAUCCAAUUCGGCAACAACGUCAGCGAGAAGUUCGAGACCAAAACCCGCAGACGAUGGUACCCCAACAUCCUCACCAAGAAACUCUUCAGCCGUGCUCUGAAUCGCUACGUGCAGAUCCGCGUGAGCGCGAGGGUGCUGAGGACGAUUGAUAAGCUGGGGGGUCUGGAUGAAUAUCUGCUGGGAGAGAAGGAGGCGCAGAUCAAAUCCCUGGGGGAGUCCGGGUGGUGGUUGCGGUGGGCGAUUAUGCAGACGCCGGCCGUCAAGAAGAGGUUCAAGGAGCAGAGGGAGCGCUUGGGAUUGCCUGCCGAGAGGGAAGAGCUGGAAUCGAUGGUUGAGGCUCUGAGUCCCAAGGAGGAAGAGGAUCUCAUGGAGGAAACGGAGGCUGUGGCCAUGGACGAUGCUUUCCAGGUCACGAAGACGGAAGGCCUGCGACCUAUCAAAUUCCGCGUCGGAAGGGCGCAGCACGUCGUUCUCACGGCGGAUGGCUGGCGACGGACUCGUCCGGAUAGUAGCAAGAUUGUCAAGGAAGCGAUUGCGAAGCAGCACUACUCCAACUAUGUGCAGCAGUCAAUGGCAGCGUAUGCGAGAGCACUGCGGCGGAAGUUGGCGGAAAGUGAGACGGAAGUCUCGCAGCAAGACUUGCGUCAGGCCAUGAGGACCGCCAAGAACGAGUUUAAGCAUCAGAUGGCGUUGAAAGUCGAUGAGUUGUAUGAGGAGAGGCAAGCAGCGAAGAAGCGACGCGCGACUCAAAAGAGGAGGGAUACACAAUACCUGAGGCAGAGAAGAGAGAAGCUCGAGACUGCUGCUGCGGCCGGUAGUGUUGCCGAAACCGCCUAG